GCUAUCAGCCCAGACAGCCGGCGGCAACGGGAGCGGUAUUUCUCGGUGUGUCUUCCACGAUUAUUCGCUGCCGGGUUUUCAUAAUUAAUAGUCGCUUGGCUGAAAAUAGUGAAAAAACAACCCUGACCCCUGCACAGAGAUAUGAGCGGCAGCGGGCGGCCCAGGACCAGCUCGUUUGCUGAGCCGCCAGGUGUUCCAGGAGCCGCCGCUGCGUCCACCGGAUCAGCCGCUGCCGUGGGGAGCAGCACAGGAAAGUCCGGGGUCCCGCAGGCCUCCGGCACCAGCUCGUCGGGAUGCCCGAACCUUAAGCUUGGCAGAGACAGUGGGAAGGUGACAACAGUUGUGGCCACACCAGGUCAGGGACCGGACCGCCCACAGGAAGUCUCCUACACUGACAUCAAGGUGAUUGGUAAUGGCUCGUUUGGUGUGGUGUACCAAGCUCGGCUCAUCGACAGCCAAGAGAUGGUGGCCAUCAAAAAAGUUCUGCAGGAUAAGAGGUUCAAGAAUCGGGAACUACAGAUCAUGAGGAAGCUGGACCACUGCAACAUUGUCAGACUUCGUUACUUCUUCUACUCCAGUGGCGAGAAGAAAGAUGAAGUGUAUCUCAACCUGGUGCUGGACUUUGUCCCUGAGACGGUCUACAGGGUUGCCAGGCAUUUUAACAAGGCCAAGAGCAUCAUUCCCAUAAUAUACGUGAAGGUGUACAUGUACCAGUUGUUUCGCAGUUUGGCUUAUAUCCAUUCCCAGGGUGUGUGUCACAGAGACAUCAAGCCCCAAAACCUGCUUGUCGACCCAGAAACUGCCAUCCUCAAACUGUGUGACUUCGGCAGCGCCAAGCAGCUGGUCCGUGGUGAACCCAACGUGUCGUAUAUCUGCUCACGGUAUUAUCGGGCCCCUGAGCUCAUUUUUGGUGCCACAGAUUACACAGCAAACAUUGAUAUCUGGUCAGCAGGCUGUGUACUAGCUGAGCUGCUGCUCGGACAGCCCAUAUUCCCCGGUGACAGUGGGGUGGACCAGCUAGUAGAGAUAAUCAAGGUGCUGGGAACACCAACAAGAGAGCAAAUCCGAGAGAUGAACCCAAACUACACAGAAUUCAAAUUCCCUCAGAUCAAAGCUCAUCCAUGGACCAAGGUGUUUAAACCUCGCACCCCUCCAGAGGCCAUUGCUCUCUGCUCUCGGCUGCUGGAGUACACACCGGCCUCACGCCUCUCCCCACUAGAGGCCUGUUCACAUGCCUUCUUCGACGAGCUGCGCCAGCCCAACACACGACUGCCCAGCGGCCGAGAAUUGCCGAUGCUCUUCAACUUCAGCACCACAGAGCUGUCAAUCCAGCCCCAGCUGAACUCAACCCUCAUCCCUCCUCACGCUCGCUCUCAUACAGCUGCUUCUGCCCACGAUGGCACCGGUUCAGAUUCAUCUCAACACAGUUCAGUACCAGGAUCUCUUAACAGCAUCUGAAGCAGCUUCUCACCUGUCUGCCUGCCAGCCUCACCCUUAUCUCAGACACACACACACACACACACACUCACACUCUACUGCUUUCCUCCAUGCUGCUUGCUCUCCUCUUAGAUGAUCUGUUUUUGUACAGUAAAUACAUUGAACAAACUAUUAGUUCUGUAGCUGCCAGGGUUGAAAUUACGGCAGGUCACACACACAGUCGUCUCGCUGCUGCUCGGGUGGUAUGAAGGUUCAAUAGUGGGGGCUGGUCCUCUGUAAUAUAAACCUUUUUUAAUCAACAUUUUUUUUUUCCUUUUUCUUCUUUAUAUUUGUGUUUAUUUAUUUGAGUAAUUGAAAGCAUCAUGUGAUCACACAACUGGUCUCUAGUUUUGUUUUUUUGUUUUUUUUUUUUCCACCUCAGAUAAUUUUUUUUAAAUUAUUCUUCCAUGUUUUAAAUCCCUGUUAGUAAAGGGUUGGACUGAACACUGCCUGACCAAGACUAGAACUGUCCCUAAGUAGGUCAUCAGGGUAAAAGUAAUUUUAUUUAACUCAGGGCAGGAGAACAGAUGUGGGGACUGAUGAAUUCAUAAAUCACACAAUCUGAUGUUUAAGCUCAAAUUAAAUCUCCAGGUCUUGUUAAUUUACCUGCUGAGGAGGCAGAGUAGAAAAACUCUGCAGCUGUAGGUUGCAUUAAUCUGUGUGUGGUUGGAGGUGUGUUGAAUAUCCCUUUGACAUUUGUCAUGUUCAGUGGCUGUGAUUUUAGACUGGACUGGAAAUCACCAGACACCAGCCAAUCACUGAGUACCAGCCUUUGUCUUGUCCCCUGGACCUGUCCACAGUUGUACUUCAUUUAAACUGCCAUAUAAAUAUGAGUGAAAUCGACCGCUUUUUAAUAGUGAUUUUAUUUGUACACAUCAGGACAGCAGAGAGGCAUCCAGAGGAAAACUCUUCCUCUUGUUCCUCACCAAUAGAGUUGUGAAGAAAGUGUGACUGUGGUGCUCCACAAAAGCAAACUGAGAUCUUCAUCUAGAGCCUUUUGAUAUUGAGCAAACAAAGCUGCUUGUUCUCUGUCCUGUCAAAUAAUUAGUUGUGUUCAGUUGAUGAUUAGAUGGCUGUGCUGAGGACGCCACGGUCCCAGAUCAUCACACCAAUAAAAGCUCAGAGGUUCCUUGUGAUCUUAAAUUGAAGAUGAAAACUGAAGCUUAUCUAAUAAACUAAAAAAAAACAUGAGUCAUUACUCAUCACAACACUGAUGCCUCUUAAAGAAAUUGUUUGUGAAAUUUAUCUGCUCAAAGAAAUUAAACAAACUUCUGCCCCUUUUAACCAUCUAAAAGAAGAAGCUUUGUUUAUUCCUUUAUUUUACCUUUAAAUGAAAAUCCUCUGGUUUCACUGGUGUUACUGUCAGUGACUAGAGGCUGUAAUAGCUGAUCAAAACAGCAGUUUACUGCGGAGCCAGUGGCUGAAUCAAGAAAAGUCUUAAGUUUAUUCCACUAAAAUUUGCUGUAAUUGUGUUCCUUUAACUAAACAAAAACA